AUGCAUUGGAAGGUCUCGGUCCCGCUGCUUUGCAGCUCAAUGCUUACUUGCGUCACGGGCGCGAUUGCGCGGGCGGAUAAGCAUUAUGCCAUCAUGGACAAUGAUUGGUAUACAGCAGGUUUCGUGCCUUACCUAGUGGCUCUUGAUGGCGAUGUGGAAAUCUUGGGCUUGGCCUCAGACACCGCCAACAGCUGGCAGGCGCAGGGUGCAUUGCAUGCUGUGGCAACCCUAGAAGCCGGGAAUUUAAGCUGCAUUCCCGUAUACCCAGGUGCCACAUGGCCGUUGAUCAACACCCCCGCCCGUUUCCAGGCAUGGGAGAUGGUUCACGGCAAGCUGCCUUGGGAAGGAGCUUUCGCUCCUGAGAACAAGACCCUUGAAGCUCAGGGUAAUGAUCCUACUUCUGGUGAUCCGAACCGGAUUGUCAAGGAGGCUUUCAAGGAAGGAUUCCCCAAGGGCCGACCGGAAAACACCACCUCAGCCGCCAACUUCAUGGUUGAGAUGGUGCACAAGUAUCCCGGUCAGGUAUCCAUUUACUCGGCCGGCGCAUUGACCAAUAUUGCGCUUGCUGUCCGUAUGGACCCGCAAUUUGCGUCGCUUGCGAAGGAUCUUGUCAUUAUGGGUGGAUACGUUGAUCUCAACAUGCUAGAAGCCACUGGAAGUAUCAUGCUGGCAGAUUAUCAGUCGGAUAUCAAUCUGAUGAUUGACCCCGAAGCUUCGAAGAUCGCCCUCACGGCCGAUUUCCCAAAUAUCACCAUCGCUGGCAAUGUUGCUAACCAAGUUUUCCCGACCAAAGAAUUCAUGGAAGAGGUUCACUCCGUCCCUAACCCGUACAGCAAGCUUUUCUAUAAGUACUACGACCUGUCUUUCCCCUUCUGGGACGAGACAGCCGCUGCACUGAUGGUUGACCCGUCUCUUUCCGUUAACCAGACCUCCGUGUACCUGGACGUGGAUACAUCAUAUGGUAGUCCCAAUUAUGGAAACAUCCAUGUGUAUCAGAAGGCUCUUGCGCCUCAAGGUAUCCGGGAGGUAAACUAUGUGUUCGAGGUGGAUGCUGAAAAGCUCAGAAAUCGGAUCAAGCAUGCUCUGCAGUAUCCUAAGUCGUGUGCCGACUUGAAGUAG